GGAAAGAUAUUCCAAGAUGGCUGCGCCUAUGCGCAACGUGGACGAGAUCCGAAAUAGAGUGAUUUUGGGUGAAUUUGGUGUUAAGAAUGUUCAUAGUACUGACUUCCCCGGCAAUUAUCCAGAGUAUGAUGAUACCUGGAAUCAGAAGAAAUUUCAAAAGAAUUUCAGAAUUGAUAUCAUUCAGAUGGAUGAGAACUCCAUGGAGUUUGACAUGGUGGGAAUAGAUGCUGCUAUAGCCAAUGCUUUCAGGCGGAUACUUCUUGCAGAGGUUCCCACAAUGGCUGUGGAGAAGGUGUUCAUCUAUAACAACACAUCUAUCAUUCAGGAUGAAAUUCUUGCCCACCGACUGGGUUUGAUUCCCAUAAAGGCAGAUCCUCGCCUAUUUGAAUAUCGAAAUGCAGAUGAUGAGGAAGGAACUGAAAUUGACACAAUUCAGCUUCAGUUAAAGGUCAAGUGCACUAGAAAUCCAAGGGCAUCCAAAGACUCAUCUGACCCGAGUGAACUCUACAUUAACCAUAUGGUGUACUCCAGAGACAUGAAGUGGGUCCCUAUUGGAAACCAGGCUGAUGUUUUUGGGGAAGCUGGUAUCGCUCCAGUACAUGGGGACAUUCUUCUUGCACAGUUGCGACCAGGACAGGAGUUGGACAUUGUCAUGCACUGUGUAAAGGGAAUUGGUAAAGAUCAUGCCAAGUUCUCCCCAGUAGCCACAGCCAGUUACCGACUCCUUCCAGAAAUCACCCUGCUUCAGCCCGUAAAGGGAGAAAUGGCAGAGAGGUUAAAACGUUGCUUUUCCCCUGGGGUUAUUGAGCUGGAGAGCAUUGAAGGAACUCCAGUAGCUAAAGUGGUGAACAGUCGCUUGGAUACGUGCAGUAGGGAGGUUCUCCGUCACGAUGACCUCAAGAAUCUGGUGAAGCUGGGAAGAGUGCGGGACCAUUUCAUUUUUUCAGUGGAAUCCACAGGAAUCCUGGCUCCAGAUAUUUUGGUUAGCGAAGCUAUCAAGGUCCUCAUGGCCAAGUGUCGGAAGUUCCUAAAUGAACUGGACUCUGUAGAGAUGGAAUGACAGGAUGCCACCCUCAUUCGACUGACAGUCUGACUCUUUGGAAUGUAAACAGCCGCAAGUCACUGCUUCUUUGUCGCUGCACUUACCAGUUACGCCAAAACUUAAUAUUAUGUAGUUCAGAUAGAAAACUAUCUUGUGUGUUUCUGGUAUAACGUUGAAAGUCCAGUUUGAUUUUCAUGUAACCUUUGGCGAGGAGGAAUAUUUUAUUUUGCUCACAGGGACAGUAAGGGUAACUUGUAAUUAAUGAAUUACUGCACUGUUCCUUUUUUUGCAUAAACCCCCUAACAUGAUGGGCACAUAGAUGUACAUCGUGUUUUAUUUUGUAUUAAAUAUUCUUCACAAAUUCAACUGUGUCGAAUGUGUUACGAGUAUUUUCAUUUUCCAGGGUAGUUUCACGGUUAAAACGACGUAUACACUUGUGUGAGCACAUGUAUAAAAUGACCUUAUGCUGGUUAAAGUUUUAUACA